CCUUAAAAUUGUGAAUUUCCUUAUUCUUUCAGUUCUGCCAUUUCUCAAUUUAUUGGAAGCCACAUUAUAAAGUGAAAGUGAAAGUUGCUCAGUCGUGUCCGACUUUGUGACCCCAUGGACUGUAUAGUCCACGGAAUUCUCCAGGCCAGAAUACUGGAGUGGGUAGCCUUUCCCCUCUCCAGAGGAUCUUCCCAGCUGAGCCACAAGGUUCCUGUGGCAUCUGGAUCUACUAAAAUGGACCCCAUCUGUUUGGUGGAAAACCAGAAAAAUCAACUAUCAGUGAAUCCCGAAGCACUGAAGAUUCUGGACCAGAUAUCUCAGCCUCUGGUGGUGGUGGCCACUGUAGGGCUGUAUCGGACAGGAAAGUCCUACCUGAUGAACCGCCUGGCAGGACAAAGCCAUGGUUUUCAUCUGGGCUCCACAGUGAGGUCUGAAACCAAAGGCAUCUGGAUGUGGUGUAUGCCCCACCCCUCCAAGGAGAGCUGCACCCUGGUCCUUCUGGACACUGAGGGCCUGGGCAAUGUGGAGAAGGAGGACUCCAAAAAUGACCUGUGGAUAUUUGCCCUGGCUGUGCUCCUGAGCAGCACCUUUAUCUACAACGGCAUGAACAGCAUCAACAAUCAGGCCUUGCAGCAGCUGCACUAUGUGACUGAAUUAACAGAGCUGAUCAGAACCAAAUCAUCUCCCAGCUCUGACGAAGUAGAGGAUUCAGCCAAAUUUGUGAGUUUCUUUCCAGACUUUAUUUGGACUGUACGGGAUUUCACGCUGGAGCUGGAGUUAGACGGGAACCCCAUCACUGAAGAUGAGUACCUGGAGAAUGCCUUGAAGUUGAUUCCAGAUGAAGAUCCCAAAAUUCAAAGUUUCAACUUGCCCAGAGAGUGUAUCAGGAAGUUUUUUCCCAAACGGAAGUGUUUCAUCUUUGACCGUCCUGCAAGCAACAAAAACCAAUUACUCCAUCUUGAGGAAAUGCCAGAUAAUCAACUGGAUGAGAAUUUCCAGAAGCAAUCGAAAGAUUUCUGCUCAUAUAUCUAUACCCAUGCAAAGACCAAGACCUUAAAAGAAGGAAUCACUGUCACCGGGAAAAGGCUGGGGCCUCUGGUGGAGGCCUAUGUAAAUGCCAUCAACAGUGGAUCAGUUCCUUGUUUGGAGAAUGCAGUAAUAACUCUGGCCCAGCGUGAGAAUUCAGCAGCCGUGCAGAAGGCAGCUGACCACUACAGUGACCAGAUGGCCCAGCGACUGAGUCUCCCCACAGAGACGCUCCAGGAACUGCUGGAGGUGCACGCAGCCUGUGAGAAGGAAGCCAUUGCAGUCUUCAUGGAGCACUCUUUCAAGGAUGAAAAUCAGGGUUUCCAGAAGAAGCUUGUGAUCAUGAUCGAGAAAAAGAAAGACAAUUUCUUGUUGCAAAAUGAAGAAGCAUCUGACAGAUAUUGUCAGGCUGAGCUUAAAAAGCUUUCAGAGCCCUUAAAGAUGAGUAUUUCAGAGGGAACUUUCUUUGUCCCUGGAGGACACCAUUGCUACUUAGAAGCAAGGAACAAGCUUGAAGAGAACUAUAAACUCAUUCCCAGGAAAGGAGUUAAGGCAAACCAGGUCCUCCAGAGCUUCCUGCAGUCACAGGCAGGAGAAGAGGUAGCCAUCCUGCAGGCAGACCAGGCCCUCACUGAUGCAGACAAGGCCAUGGCAGAGGAACGUAACAAGAGACAAGCAGCAGAGAUGAAACAGGAUCUGCUAACACAGAAACUGAAUUAUGAGAAGCAAAAAAUGGAGGCCCAAGAGAGAAGCCACAAGGAACAUGUAGCCCAACUGAAAGAGAAGUUCAGUAUGGAAAGAGAAAACCUUAUCAGAGAGCAGGAAGCAGUGCUGGAGCACAAGCUGAAGAUGCAGCCAUCUAGUUGCAGGAAAACGAACUCGGGGCUCCCUCUCAUUCUGCUUUACAAUGCAAGAACAAAUGCUUACUGAAGGAUUUGAAAGGAAAGCCAGUGAAUUACAUAUUCAGAUACUUCAACUACAAAAGGAAAUAGAAAGAAUUAAAGAUGAUAAGUUCCUUGAAACUUUAAGGAUUCUGUCAGGAAUUAGCCUUACGUUGUUAGC